UCAUGCGACUUACGGAUUUUGUAAUAUCUGAUCUCGUAGAACGAACGUCAUUUCCUGAAAGUAAUAUAAUAUCAAUUCAUAGAAUUCAUCAGAACCUGCGCCAAACUCCUUGGAAACUCUUAUCGUCAGUUCUUUCAUAUUAAGUCAAAUAACGUCAAAAUAUGUUAGGAUAUUGUUGGAGCCUGAAUCACGUGAAUUUUCAGCCCAGUCUCCGAGAGUCCAACUGCAAGACCAAGUUCCAACUUCCAAGUUACUUGCCAAGUUGCCUAUGCCAAAUUACCAAUAAAGUUGCCAGUUGCCGCCUUGAAUCUGUGACGAAUAGAGUAACUGUGCUGAAUCUGUGCUAAGAAGACCGACUGUGUUGUAGUAUGUUGACUAGAUUGGAAUCGAAUACUUAUGAGACCUGGUGAAAUCUGUCCGAGGACGAAGGAUGUCUCUAGUCUUUAAAGACGGGCGCAGCUGAGGUCUCCCUGGGAUAUUCCCUAUGUGCGAAUUUGGUGUAUCCCCCGAGGACAUCUUAGACACAGAAGCCUAGAAAUAUAAUCGCAUCAAACGCAUUGUCUUUUGAAGAGACUGUUUUCUUUGGUCAUAAGGAACUUAUUUGCGGAUGUUUGCUGCAGGCCCUUGUGCACGGAACAAUGUAAUCGCUUAAAGGGGAACCGAAUGUGGUGUACACAUUAUAGUAACGUUCCCAGCGCUCAGAAAACAGCUCGGGCUCGUUCAUUUUAGGCAUUACGACGAACUGAUAUUAUUCAGGUUUGUGUGACCUGUUUUCUGAUUUUCGGCCCUCUACAGUAAGCGAUUAAGGAUUGAAACCUUGUGAAGCAUUCAUAAAUUGAAAAAGGAAGAAAAGACUGUCAUUUGAUAUGCAAGUGAACGAUGCUGAAUAAGAUAAUCAAGACUUGAAAACUACUGCUCACAGUUGCGUUUCGUCGAAGAAUACUUCUCUGAUACAUAGCAAAGCACCAGUUCGCUUCACGUAGACAUGGCCAUCAACGUAGUUCUUCCCAUUCUGAUUCCACUUGAGGAGAACCUUCGUAAUGCAACGCGGCUUUUGUCUGAGUCUGGAAGGUCGCUGCUUGAAUUCACACAGCACCGGUACUGCGCCCUUCUCAGGGAGGACGCGCCCACUUCUUCAGACGUCAUCACGGUUGUGGCCCAUCAUAAAGAAGGUGCCUCCAUCAGAUACAGCAUCACUGGUGGAAACCGAGAUGGCCUUUUUACCAUCGACCAGAAAACGGGACUAAUCACACUGGCAGCUGCUCUGGACUACGAACUCUACGAUAAGCACGAACUCGUAGUUUCGGGCGAGGGCGGAGGUCAAGUGGUCCACACGAUUGUGCAGGUAGCUGUGGCAGACGUGAAUGACAACCCACCUGUCUUCACUAAUCCAGAUCCAUACGUCACCGUCAUCGAGGAGGACGAUAGGCACCUCCCAACCACUCUUAUAAAAGUCGAGGCCAGUGACCCAGACCAGUCGGACGAAUCUGGGCUUUUAUUCACUCUGCGAGGAGACGGGGUUGAUGGUUACUCUCCAGAGGAUGCCUUCUUUAAGAUACAUCCACGGACGGGAGACCUUUUGCAGUUGAGAGCCCUCGACCGUGAUCCGCCAAAUGGGAAAAGAAUGUGGAAGUUGAGAGUCAAAGUGCAAGAUGGUCAGGAACCUUGGAAGGCUGGAAAACGGCCCAAAGGAACGAAAAACACAUCUCUGAACUCGAGCGAUCACUCGCCAUCGUGGGACUACGAAAACGAGUUUCAAAAUGACCAGCCCAUUGAAAAUACUCUUGAAGGAGACGAUGAAGUGACCAAACCUAACAAAAAGGGCGGCUUUAAAUGGGACAUUUCCAAAGUUCACGAAGAUGAAAUUAGCAGACUGUGGGAGACAAAAGGCAAUGGGUAUGAUCGGCUUGUGUCGCUUCAAAAUGGUGGGUCAAGUGCAAGAAAACAUGCUUGGUCACGAGAAAGAAACCAUAAAUAUAAAACAAGGCCAGUAUUUUGGACAUAUUCGAAUGACAGGCAACACCCGUACACACAGCACUUUUGGAAAUUCCAGGAAAUAAGUUAUAAAGAUACCAAACAGCUAUCCUGGAAUGACCAAGCUAGGUUUGGUAUUCCCAAGUCUGUAUACAAUUACAAGAAUGAGGAAAACUCGCAUCAAAACAGCUGGGAGCUCCCUAAGAGAUUGAGAGACGAUAAAAGGAUAGAUAAAUGGGUCAGCAGACCUGAAUCCAAAGUAAGAGAGAGUGACGGUGAUGAAGAAACGGAAUCGAGUUUCAGCGACAGGAGACCCAAUGCUGAUGAUCAUACCAGGCACGUUAACCGGUUAAGAGACGCCCUCAGUGACUCCACCAACAGGAGAACAGCAGAUGGACAAGGAGCGAAAUUUCAAAAUACAACAAAGGGAGAGGUUUAG